AUGGGUUGUACAGUAUCUAAGACUCGACUACCUGAACUUCUCCCUAAACGUAUAUCAUUACAUCAUGAUGCAAUUCUAGUGUCGAAGAAACCAGUUUCACAGUCAACACGUUUUCUCGAAAAUUUUCUUACUAUUUGGCUUUAUGAUGUGGCUUCAAAUAAAUAUGAAAAUGAAAUGGAACAUUUAGGAAAGCUUCUGUAUGGUUUAAAAACAUUUAAUAAUAUUGAAACAUGCAAUCAUUUUAUUAAUAAUGUUCGAGAUGAAAAGAUUUUUCUUAUUUUAUCUGGUAUUCAUCGAACAUGUGAACAUUUUCAUGAUUUUCCACAACUCGAGAAAAUAUACAUAUUCGAUUGUUCUCAUGAAAUAAACGAUACAAAACAUCGAAUUUUCAAAUAUGAUAUUAUGCAAAACGUUGAUAGUCUUUAUAGGCAACUACAAGAAGAUAUAAGAAUAUGCGAAAUGGAUUUUACACUUAUUACGGUUGUAUCGGCAUCAUCUCAAGAAAUCUCGUUCUCAUCAAAAUUGACAAGACAACAAGCAUUUUUUCUUUUUGCACAAAUGAUGAAAGAGAUUACUGCUCGCUUUAAAUUUGAAAGUUGUUCGAAAGAUGUCUUGAUCGAUUUUUGUCGAGUCGUAUACAUGAACCAUGAUGAACAACUGCGCGCAAUCGAUGAAUUUGCUAAAAAUUAUCGACCAAAUAAAGCUCUUUAUUGUUUAACAAAUCAAUCUUUUAUUUCAAGAAUACUAAAUCGUGUCGUACGUACGCAUGAGAUCGAUAUUCUCUACAAGUUUGGGUUUUUCAUUAAACAAGCAACCAUUCAACUUAAUCGAUUACACGAGGAAAAUAAAGUACUAAUCGAAACUAUUUCCAUGGUCUAUCGUGGUAAAACAAUGCCAUUUUUGGAAUUUGAAACCUUAAUAAAAAACAGUUGCGGUGGUUUUCUUUCAUUUCCUAAUUUUCUUAUCGCUUCAAUGAACAAAAGAUUUGCUAUUGAUUUUAUUGAUCGUCGACUUGCAAUGCAUCGAGAUAUGAUAGGUAUUCUUUUCGAAAUAGAUAUUGCAAAGACAACAUUCGAUGAAAAAAGUCCAUUCGCCUUACUCAAAGAUGCAGAUGUAGAUAAAUAUGAUGUUUGUUUUAAUAUGAGCACAAUUUUUCGUAUUCAAUCAGUUGAACAAAUCACCAAUGGUGAAAUGAUGAUGUGGUCUGUUAAAUUAAAAUUAAUCAAUAAUGAUGAUCAACAACUACAAUAUAUCAUAGCAUCGACUCGUCAUGAUGAAGUACAUGCUAAUCCAGCCUUUCAUUUGGGUAAAUUACUGGUGGACAUGGGAGAAUAUAAACGUGCUGAACAGUUUCUUCUUAGUUUAUUACAAGAUACAGCUAUUCUCAGUCAACCCCGACGACUUGUACGUGUACAUAAUGGUCUCGCUGCUAUCUAUACUUACAAUCAUGAUUACGUCAAAGCCUUAAAUCAUUAUCAUGAAGUACUUCGAUUGAGUUUAACUUAUCUCCAAUCUGAUCAUCUAGAUCUGAUACCGAUUUAUAAAGUCAUUGGUGACAAUCAUUACAACCAAAAAGAAUAUAGUAAUGCUCUAGAAAACUAUGAAAAAGCAAUUAAAGUAUUAGAGCAAAAUCCAUCGCCAAUGAAUGUUAACACGAGCAGUGAUCUACAUAAUUCUAUAAGCAUGGCAAAGCAGUUGUUAAAAAUCCAUCAAUAA